UUGAUUUGAUAGAAAACCUUCUCAAUUGAUUAAUAAAAUAUUUAAUUACCCCGUGGUACAAAUAAGAAACCCUGGUUGGUCGAUUAGCUCAUGAAAUAUUAAUGAGUAUGAGAUUGAAAUAUAUAUCGCGAUGAUCCGAAACGCUUUCCUCAUUAUAAAURAUCAAGCUCCAAUGUCUAAUAACAGGCAUUAUGAUAUCUUUCUUAUUUCUCCUACUCUCYUCAGGCUGUGACUGGUGUUCAGCUUCAAGUACGACAGAUUCGUUCAUCGUUAAACCUGACGAAGAAGUGUACAGUAAAAAAGGCAGUGAUGUCACAUUAGAGUGGUACUUCCACGUCGGAGCCUGGUCAAGCUCACUUGGAGUGUUUGAAUUUCUUUUUGGUGUUUGGGAUGAUCCUGGCUAUGUGAAAAACAAGAUCCUGGUUGUCCAAAAACGCAACGCUGUAUCUAAACGAAGAGGAUUUGAAAGCAAGGUGAAAUGGAGCGGGAAUAUUUACGACUGUGUGAAUUGUACAGCAAGAGUCAAAAUGUACAACUUGACGGAUGUGGACUUCAAGAGGUAUGGCGUAGAGGUGGAAGUAAGUUUGGACAGGAGCCACCUUACAAAUUGGCUGAGACUUGUAAAAUUUGAACCUGCAAAAAUCAUAAACUCAUCAUGGUCGCGCGAGCAAAGAAUUGUGGUCGCAGAAGGUAACGCAACGACUAUCGAAUGCAAAGCGACAGGCCGUCCAACGCCUUCUGUCAUCAUCAAGAAGAGGAAUCGUACACUGUGUCAUAAUAGUACAGGACACUGUGUGUACGAGAUUCGAGAAGCCAAGCCCGAAGAUGAGGGAGAACACUUGUGUUUAGUACAGCAAAGGAACUACAGGCCAAUCAGACGUUCCUUCAACCUGACGGUGGUAAAGGGAAGAAAUACGAUCAAUACAACACAAGAUGAAUUCCAUAAAACCAACAUAGUGGUGAUAGCACUACUCGGUGCUGUUGGUGUUGUGCUCGUAUUGGUGGUGAUAGUAUUUCUAUUCAAACGAGUUAAAUUUUGCAAAAGUAAUUCAGAGCAACAACAACAGCUACGUAAAAGCUGCGGAAAGAAUUUAUAAUUUCUCGAAAAGGAAGGAAGUCACAGUUUAAACCCUAUUGCACCACUACUAAAGCGACAGCACCACAAGAAAAUACACGCACAAAUGCAACUUAGGGAAUAAAAAAGGCCUUUCGAAUAGCAAAAAGACGGGCAAGA